CGGAAGGCGUGGCCCCCGCGGCCGCUGCCCCGGAAGCGGUUGCCGGGCGCCCGGUUGCCAUGGCGCUCUCCCCGUACGUGCUCGCCAUGCAGGAGCUGUUCCGGGCCAACACGCGCAGCCGCGAGUUCCCGGCGCACGGGGCCAAGGUGCACUCGGUGGCCUGGAGCUGCUGCGGCCGCCGGCUCGCCUCGGGCUCCUUCGACAAGACGGCGAGCGUCUUCGUGCUGGAGAAGGACCGGCUGGUGAAGGAGAACAAUUACCGCGGCCACGGGGACAGCGUGGAUCAACUGUGCUGGCACCCGAGUAACCCAGACCUCUUUGUUACUGCGUCUGGAGACAAGACCAUCCGUAUUUGGGACGUCCGCACCACUAAGUGCAUUGCUACCGUGAACACCAAAGGAGAGAACAUUAAUAUCUGCUGGAGUCCUGAUGGCCAGACCAUUGCGGUGGGGAAUAAGGAUGAUGUGGUCACCUUCAUUGAUGCCAAAACACAUCGCUCCAAAGCCGAGGAGCAGUUUAAAUUUGAGGUUAAUGAGAUUUCCUGGAACAAUGAUAACAACAUGUUCUUCCUCACCAAUGGCAAUGGCUGCAUCAACAUCCUCAGCUACCCGGAGCUGAAGCCCAUCCAGUCUAUCAAUGCUCACCCUUCAAACUGCAUCUGCAUCAAGUUUGACCCCAUGGGGAAGUACUUUGCCACGGGAAGCGCAGAUGCUCUGGUCAGCCUGUGGGAUGUGGACGAGCUGGUGUGUGUGAGGUGCUUCUCCAGGCUGGACUGGCCCGUGAGAACCUUGAGUUUUAGCCAUGAUGGGAAGAUGCUGGCGUCCGCGUCUGAGGAUCACUUCAUCGACAUUGCCGAGGUGGAGACAGGGGAGAAGCUGUGGGAGGUGCAGUGUGAGUCCCCCACCUUCACGGUGGCCUGGCACCCAAAGAGACCUUUGCUGGCCUUCGCCUGUGAUGACAAAGACGGCAAAUAUGACAGCAGCCGGGAGGCAGGCACCGUCAAGCUCUUCGGCCUCCCCAAUGAUGCAUAACGGGCUCCCAGUGGGCCCUGGGCUAGGGCCUGGGAAGGGGCAGGGAGGUGGGGCUCCUCCCCAGCCAUGUUCUGCACUGCCAAAGCACUUCCCUUGUCCUCUGGCGAUAGGGAAGCUCCGUCCUGCUGGCCACUCCCUGGGCUGGGCUUCCUCGCUCCUGGCAGUGCUGUGACCCUCAGCUCAGCUGCCAGCGGCCCCUGCCCUUGGGAGCUUUUGUACCCAGCAGCCGCUGGCCUAGCAAGAACACGGGGGCUGCCGCCAGAGUCCCUCCACCCAUCUCAGGGCUGCCUCUCUCCCUCAUUGCAAGGAGGCGGAUGGCUGUGUUCAGAAGUCUGGUGGCCAGAGAGGAGCAGUCACCAGAAUCUGACCACUCAGGAUGGCCUCUCUGGGGGAAGGAGCCCUGCCCUGCGGCCAUCCCAGUAGGACUCAGCUCGAGGCUGCUGUCGAGCCUCCUGCUGCUAGAACUGUUUGUUGAUAAGCUGCAUGGUUGUCCCCCUCACCCCCCACCCCCAGUGGUGUGGCCAACUCCCUGGCAGGCUGGGAAUCACCUGGAGGCCCCAGCACAUCCCUCCCCUUUGGAAAAGGGUUUUGCGUUAGGCUGUCACCUGCCCAGGCCAGGUGGGCAGCUGUCCCUUGUCCCUUUGCUGCAUGUGCCAGUGGGCAGAGGUGCACCUUCUUGGGCAGGGGUGUGAAUUGGGGGGGGGCUCUUUUUGUAUGACUUUUUGUAAUUUUGAUAAGUCUCUGUCAGUAAAGGAAGUAAGGCCUG